AUGGCUCCUAUAGAAUCAGAUAAUCUUCUGCCAGUCAGUGCUGCCAACGUCAAAGAUAUAGACUCAUACAUUGAAACUGUAAAUAAGCUUAGCAAUUGUAUCUCAAACGCUAUUUACGAAGGAAAAAGCGUCACUGCCCUCAACAAAAAAUUCAUAUUAUUAGCUGCAGACGAAAUACGUAGAUGCACAUCUACACUUGCCAUCUUAAAGUCAGUAGAAACGCCUGCUUUAGACGAAAAACUUAAAAGCGAAAUUAUAACAAGUGUUCGCGAGGAAAUAAAACAAUUAAAAUCGGAAUUGGCACCUUCCCUUUUGCCCGUCAAAGCCACUUACGCGAACGUUGCAGCAGCGAAAAUAAAUAAGCCAUCGAUAAUACUACAAUCGACAGAUCCCAACACUAAGCCGCAAGAAGUGCUAAACAAGUGGAGAAAAAGUGUAUCUUUUAAGAAGGAAACUUACGCUCCAGCUAAAGUACAAACAGGAUUCAACGGAAAAGUAAGAAUUGAAUUUGACACUAAGUCGCAGUGCCAAGAAACCAUAGCUCGUAUCAAUAAAAUAGAAGGAUUGCAAGCAGAAGAAAGUAAAAGACGUCCACCAUUAGUGAUACUAAAAGGCAUCUCAAAAGAUAUUGAAAAGAACGAGUUGACAGAUAUAAUUGAACAUCAAAACUCUCUACCCAAAGGCAACAUCCGUCUCUGCUUUGCUACUUCAAAUAGAAACGAAAACUUAUACAACGCUGUUUUCGAAGUAAAACCGGAAUUAUUCAAGAGUGUUAUAGAUAUCGGACGCAUUGCAAUUGACCACCAGCGAGUACAUAUAGAGCCGUAUUCCCGAUUUUUACAGUGCUAUAAGUGUUUACUGUUCGGCCACACGAAAAAUAAGUGUACUUCAGAAACGUACCGCUGUGCACACUGUGCUUCUGAGGAACAUAACAUAGCCUCUUGCCCCUUUAAGGAAACAGAAAAUAAACGCAAGUGUUUCAAUUGCCACAACUUUAAUAUUAAAAGCAAUAGCAAAGUCGACACAAAUCAUAUAGCGACUAACACUAAAGUGUGUCCUCGAAUUAAAACUCUUAAAAAUAAAAUUGAUGAACAGACUGAUUAUGGACAAUAG